AUGGAGUUAGAUAUUGGACCGGGACGGUUUGACUCCAUGGAGAAACUCUUCUUGGCUGCGGCUGAAAAAGGAGACAAGAAAGCGAUCCUAUAUGCUUUGGACAAUGCCCCGGAUUUAAACAUCAACUCAUCGGAUAAAGACGGCAGAAGUGCAUUAGUUAUUGCCAUCCAAAAUGGAAAUUCAGAUAUCAUCGUUGUCUUACUGGAACAUGGGAUACAGCUAGGAGACGCCCUCUUGCGAGCGGUUGACGAACAGUUCAUUUAUGCGGAGUUUUUAAAAUGUCGCGCCCUCAACGGUGACUUCCAUCCCGACAUCACCCCAAUCGUCCUUGCCGCGCAUCACAACAACUAUGACAUCAUCAAGAUCCUGCUGGAAUACGGUGCUCGAAUCGAGGACCCCGAGUACUAUGCCUUUUCGACCGAGACCAACACACUUCAGCACUCUCUGGGAAUGUUGAACAUUUACCGUGCCCUGGCCAGCCAAGCGUACAUCUCACUGACAAGCCUCGAUCCCAUCAACACCGGGUUCGAACGUUGCGUCAAACUGCGCAAGCUCUGCCAGAUCAACCCAGAGUUUUCCGUCGAGUUCAACACGUUGGCUGGCCAAUGCGAGCAGUUUGCAGCCGAUAUCCUCGGCCAUAUUCGGAACCAAGCGGAACAAACGUGCGUGUUGUAUCAUGACCCUUGCUUUUAUAGCAUCGGCGAGAGCGGGAUCGGACCUUACAAAGUUAAAAUUGCUAUACACCACGAACAGAGGAAGUUCGUAGCGCACCCCCAUUGCCAACAACAUCUGACCCAACUAUGGUAUGAGGGUCUGCCUUCCUGGUACAUGACCAAUUGGAUCUCCUCGACGCUCUCCACCUCUGCGAUUGGAUUCGGUUUCCCAAUCCUUUGUCUUCUGUACAUUAUCUACCCAUGGGGGAACAUCGGUCGCUUAAUGAGAGUCCCCCACGUUCAGUUUGUAUGCCACAUCAGUUCCAUGUUAGUCUUUUUGCUUCUCCUCGGUCUUCAGUCCUCCUUCACUCCGAAAUACGACGACGAUCCCGACGUCGAUCAACGUGCGGAAGUUCCGAAACCUACGGAGUGGCUCAUCCUCGUAUGGGUCAUAGGUCUCACAUGGGUAGAAAUUAAAGAACUUUGGUAUUACGGUUCGCGAUAUCUCAAAGAUCGAUGGAACAUCCUGGAUUUCUUUACGCUGUCGCUCUACUGGGCCGCCAUUGCUCUCAGGAUAGUCAUUUAUCGAAGGCAUGGAAUGGCAAUGGAAUUGAUGGAAAUCCCUCCGACGACGAUGCUGUACUCGACCAUGGAAAUCCCGACGGCGUUUACGGACGACGAGUUCACGACAUCGGGUGAAACCCCCGUGACGGUAACGGACCCGGCGACCACCAUGGAGAUGUCGAACUGGGAAGCAGUUAUCGUCAGGAUAGAACGUCUUCACAAGGAUGUAAUGGACAUCGACGAGGAGCAAACAGACAUCGGACAGUCACUUGCCAAGGGAAUCGGUGAUAUCAAGUCACAGUUGACCCUCAUGGAUGAACGAAUGGCUAAGAUCGAGGCGGAGAGUGAGGCGGCGGCAGUGGCUGCACCAGUGGUCAGUGGUGGUCGGAGAGGAAAGAAAGCGGCGGCUGGCACAGCCACGAAUACAACAAGAACAGGACGUGCGAACUGGAGCGCCUACGAUCCUCUCUUAAUAUCUGAAGGGUUGUUUGCCAUAGCCAAGGUACUAAGUUUCCUCCGACCCAUCUGUUAUACUGUUAUGAACCGUCACGUCGGACCUAUGCAGAUCUCCCUCGGCAACAUGAUGUUCGAUAUCUGCAAGUUUCUCUUGAUUUUUUGUUUUGUGUGGUUCGCCUUUUCACUCGGAAUGAAUCAGUUAUAUGGAUAUUACUCGUACAUCACUCGCGUAAUAUGUGACACUAAUAAUCCUAUGGAGGAACAUUGUAAACAACCGUUUGAAACGGUGCAGUAUACGAUGAGUACUUUAUUCUGGGCUCUCUUUGGAUUGCCUGAGAUGAACAUCGUGGACAUCCGUGGAGUCGACCAUGAAUUCACCGAGACGGUGGGACUGAUGUUGUAUGCUGCUUACCACGUCAUCGCCAUCGUCGUCCUUCUCAACGUCCUCAUCGCUAUGAUGAGUAAUACCUACACUCGGAUAGAGGACGACUCCGAAGUGCAGUGGAAAUUCUCCCGGUCCAAACUUUGGAUGAGUUAUUUCGCUGGCAGGGGAUCGUUACCGGCACCUUUCAAUGUCCUCCCAACGCCCAAAUCCAUGUUAUAUUUAUUCAGAUGGUUGCGAGGAAAGUUGGGCAGUGAAAAGCAUAGGCAGGAGAUCAGGGACAGGAAUAAAGCAAAGAUGGAGGAGAAGGAGCAGCAAUACAGGGAAAUCAUGGGCAAGUUGGUGAAACGUUACAUCUUUGACGCGAAGAGAGACGAAGACGAAAACAACCAAGAACAAUGGGUAAACCGGCUCAAACAGGAUAUCUCCGGAUUCAAGUACGAGAUGUUCGAAGCUCUCACCGGCAUGGAUAAAAAGAUGAGCGAAAUGGAGCAGCGAAUUGAAGAUGGCGGCGUCAAGGAGCCCGGAACCCAAAUGUUCCACAAGAUGGAGGACGUAGUAAAAAGGCCAUUGUAUCAGCCUGAUAGCAUGCAAUCGGUGAUAUCUGGAUGUUCUGACCUCAUGACAGCAGCCUCCAAAGACCUGAUGAAUUCGAAAGGUUCGAACAAUGCCGACAAUUCGCCGAUUCUUGAUGAUGGCCUCUCGGACCCAUCGACUAAGAACCGCAGGCAACCGAAAUCCACCUCCAUGCCGUGCAACAUAGCGGGGUACCUUUAUCCUCCCGAUUGGGAGAAAAACGAACCCAUUUUGUUCAUGGAUGAGGAUCCUGAUGUGCCUAUCCUUGGAGGUCCACCUCGCAAAGAGAGCAAGAAGAGGCGAUUUAGCGCCAAUCACAUGAUGAACCAUAUAGGUUCACGGCAUCUCAAACGUAAAAAGUCACACACCAAGAACACCACUCGCGUUUGACAAGGAUAUGUGGAUCGACACGAUUUCGACUCCGAAUGUCAUCCAAACAUUAUCCCUGUCCUUUUUUCAACAGCAAAUAACGAUUAUGAUUAUACAAAUACUAAUUAUAUAUAUGUAUGUUCAUGAACAAUUGGUGCUUUUCGAUAUUUGGACUAAUGUUUACGUAUAAUGACUGACGGUUUUAUCCCUAACUUUUUCGGCCCUGGUAACGUGCUUAUUAUAACGCACAUUGUUUUGCCUUGUUAUGCCCUGGGUACUGUUUUGACGGGCCUAUUCUUCGAUCAUUACAUAUCAUGACGAGAUUUUGUCUGUAGAAAGCAGUUUGAUGAUUGACCGUUUGAUGGCAAAUAUGCUUUUACUGAUACUGAAGUUAGAAUAUUUCUUUAGCCAAUUUUAUUCCAAUUAUGACGCGUCUUUACAGUGGUAUUGUCUGUUGUGACUUGAUCUUACUUCUCAAACAGAAUCACUAAUUUUAAAAAAGAGUGACACAUAAAAAGAAAUCUGAAUUAAUGAACAUGACGUCGUUAUCAUAUUGAUUUAAUUGAUGAAAGCAUUUUUCUCUAGCUUAAAUGUUUGUGCUGUAUCCCUGUAAAUAUUGGAUAAAGUAAAGCAGAUCAAUUCGCUAGCGAGCGUUCGUGGAAGUGAACUUUUGGGGAGUUCACGAUCACUAUAUCAAAAGAUACAAAAUAGGCAGGAUAGACACAUCAAUGUCCUAAUGAUUAUUUGCACCUUUAUCUUGCAGAUUUGGUAUUAAAAUAUGGAUAAGACCGUAGAUCUUUAUUUUUGAAGGGAUCCGUCUUAUUGGAGUAGUAGGGAUUACGCCAUCGAAGGGCACUAGCAUUAUAGUGGGGGAGGGGGCACCUGAUGUAUUAUUAAUAGGUUGGUAAAAUGCAAAAGAAAUAUGAUGUGGGUGAAUGAGAGUCAUUGUGUGGGGGUUGUAUCGCAUUCUUUUCACGUUGCCUUUCCUCUUCCUAUCCCCCUUCUCGUCUCUCUGUCUCACUCUUAAGGACUGGGGGUGCCCCCAUCUAUACAUCACUGGUCCCCCGCGACCGCCUAAAUAGGGUUACAGAAGGCUCUAAGAUUUAGCAUCAAUAUCGUACUCCUCACAUUAAUGUUUGUUUGGGUUUUUUCGGACGGUGCAUUGAGAUACGCGCAGGAACAACAGUUGUAACAACUAUUAUAAUUUACACUGCUUAGGUUUGUAAACUAAAAGGAGUUUAGGUACCUCUAAAUGUCUCCAUCUCAUUAGCGAACUGCGAGUCAAUAUUUGUUUUUAUCCUUUUGUAGUCAUACAGUGAUAUCGUAAUCAUGAAUUAGAUGAUGCAAAUAUUUUCAAGUUGAUUUUGUCACAAAUUUUUCUUUUUACAGUCAUGUAAUUAUUCCGUUUAAAAAAUAUUAAAGAGGUAUAUAUGCUUGGAUUAAGUGUUUUGCAAUAAUAAAUAUUAUUGUUUGUUCUAGAAAAUGUUACUAUUUAAUACCUCUGCGGUCACUUUUUGCCAGUUUAUGUUUACAACAAAUUGAAAUAUCACC